AUGACGCAAUGUUCCUUCAGGCUCUUCCCGGGCUUGGGAGGGUCACGUGAGCCGGUUUCCGCGCGAAAACUAGUUGUUGCUGGAGUGGCGGCGGGGAGCGUGGCGGUGUGAUGGCGGAAUCAUCUGAGUCCUUCACUGUGGCAUCCAGCCCAGCCCGGCGGCUGCGAAGUGAUCCUCUCACCUCCAGCCCUGGGCGAAGCUCCCGUCGCACAGAUGCCCUGACCUCCAGCCCUGGCCGUGAUCUUCCCCCCUUUGAGGAUGAGUCUGAGGGGCUUCUAGGUACAGAGGGACCCCUGGAUGAAGAGGAAGAAGAUGGAGAGGAGCUUAUCGGAGAUGGCAUGGAGAGGGACUAUCGUGCCAUCCCAGAACUGGAUGUCUACGAGGCCGAGGGCCUGGCCCUGGACGACGAGGACGUCGAGGAGCUGACAGCCAGUCAAAGGGAGGCAGCAGAACGGGCCAUGCGGCAGCGUGACCGAGAGGCCGGCCGGGGCCUGGGCCGCAUGCGUCGCGGGCUCCUGUACGACAGCGAUGAGGAGGAUGAGGAGCGCCCCUCCCGGAAACGCCGCCAGGUAGAGCGGGCCACAGAGGACGGCGAGGAGGACGAAGACAUGAUCGAGAGCAUCGAGAACCUGGAGGACCUGAAGGGCCACUCCGUGCGUGAGUGGGUGAGCAUGGCGGGCCCACGCCUGGAGAUCCACCACCGCUUUAAGAACUUUCUGCGCACCCACGUGGAUGGCCACGGCCACAACGUCUUUAAGGAGCGCAUCAGCGACAUGUGUAAAGAGAACCGCGAGAGCCUGGUGGUGAACUAUGAGGACCUGGCGGCCCGGGAGCACGUCCUGGCCUACUUCCUGCCAGAGGCGCCAGCAGAGCUGCUGCAGAUCUUCGACGAGGCUGCACUGGAGGUCGUGCUGGCCAUGUACCCGAAGUACGACCGCAUCGCCAGCCACAUCCACGUGCGCAUCUCCCACCUGCCUCUUGUAGAGGAGCUGCGCUCCCUGAGGCAGCUGCACCUGAACCAGCUGAUCCGCACCAGUGGGGUGGUGACCAGCUGCACGGGCGUCCUGCCCCAGCUCAGUAUGGUCAAGUACAACUGCAACAAGUGUAACUUCGUGCUGGGGCCCUUCUGUCAGUCCCAGAACCAGGAGGUGAAGCCGGGCUCCUGCCCUGAGUGCCAGUCAGCUGGCCCCUUUGAAGUUAACAUGGAAGAGACCAUCUAUCAGAACUACCAGCGCAUCCGAAUUCAGGAGAGUCCUGGCAAAGUGGCGGCCGGCCGGCUGCCUCGCUCCAAAGAUGCUAUCCUCCUCGCCGAUCUGGUGGACAGCUGUAAGCCAGGAGAUGAGAUAGAGCUGACUGGCAUCUACCACAACAACUACGACGGCUCCCUCAACACAGCCAAUGGUUUCCCUGUCUUUGCCACCGUCAUCCUAGCCAACCACGUAGCCAAGAAGGACAACAAGGUUGCUGUGGGGGAACUGACGGACGAAGACGUGAAGAUGAUCACCAGCCUCUCCAAGGACCAGCAGAUCGGGGAGAAGAUCUUUGCCAGUAUUGCUCCUUCCAUCUAUGGGCACGAAGACAUCAAGAGAGGCCUGGCGCUGGCUCUGUUUGGAGGGGAGCCCAAAAACCCAGGGGGUAAGCACAAGGUGCGAGGCGACAUCAACGUGCUCUUGUGUGGAGAUCCUGGCACAGCCAAGUCUCAGUUCCUCAAAUACAUUGAGAAAGUGUCUAGCCGAGCCAUCUUCACCACUGGCCAGGGGGCUUCAGCCGUGGGCCUCACGGCAUAUGUCCAGCGGCACCCCGUCAGCAGGGAAUGGACCUUAGAGGCAGGAGCCCUGGUUCUGGCUGACCGAGGAGUAUGUCUCAUUGAUGAAUUUGACAAGAUGAACGACCAGGACAGAACCAGCAUCCACGAGGCCAUGGAGCAACAGAGCAUCUCCAUCUCCAAGGCUGGCAUUGUCACCUCCCUGCAGGCCCGCUGUACCAUCAUUGCCGCGGCCAACCCCAUAGGAGGCCGCUAUGACCCCUCGCUCACCUUCUCAGAAAAUGUGGACCUCACGGAGCCUAUCAUUUCCCGCUUCGAUGUCCUGUGUGUGGUGAGGGACACGGUGGACCCAGUCCAGGAUGAGAUGCUGGCCCGUUUUGUGGUUGGCAGCCACAUCAGGCACCACCCCAGCAACAAGGAGGAGGGCCUGGGCAGCACUGGCACCCAGGAGCCCGCCAUGCCCAAUACAUACGGUGUGGAGCCCCUGCCACAAGAAGUGCUGAAGAAGUACAUCAUCUAUGCUAAGGAGAGGGUCCACCCGAAGCUCAACCAGAUGGACCAGGACAAGGUGGCCAAGAUGUACAGUGACCUGAGGAAAGAGUCCAUGGCCACAGGCAGCAUCCCCAUCACAGUGCGGCACAUCGAGUCCAUGAUCCGCAUGGCAGAGGCCCAUGCGCGCAUCCACCUGCGGGACUACGUGAUCGAGGAUGAUGUCAGCAUGGCCAUCCGCGUGAUGCUGGAGAGCUUCAUCGACACACAAAAGUUCAGCAUCAUGCGCAGCAUGAGGAAGACUUUUGCCCGCUACCUUUCAUUCCGGCGUGACAACAAUGAGCUGCUGCUCUUCAUCUUGAAGCAGUUAGUGGCAGAACAGGUGACGUACCAGCGCAACCGCUUUGGGGCCCAGCAGGACACUAUCGAAGUGCCUGAGAAGGACUUGGUGGACAAGGCUCGUCAGAUCAACAUCCACAACCUGUCUGCUUUUUAUGACAGUGAGCUCUUCAGGAUGAACCGGUUCAGUCAUGACCUGAAACGGAAAAUGAUCCUCCAGCAGUUCUGAGGCUCGGGGCCGUCCACAGUAGCUUGCUGAGAUGCUGGU